ACCUAGCUAUAAAACAUGUUGAAAAUUAUGUGAUAGAAAAUGGUUUUGAAGUUGUAAAAUACCAAACUCAAAAAAACAAGGGUGGUGAAAUCGAUCAAAUUACUAAAAAUCAAGUUCAUUAUAAACCAAUUGAAGUAGCAAAUGAUAUAGAAUUUGCUGAGGAUAGUUAUGAACUUGUUAUAACAAACUUGAAUUUAUUAAUUAAAUGUAUUGAUCGAUUUACUAUCCAGGAGGUUUGGCGUGUAAUGACAAUUGAACAAAAUAAAGAACAUUUUGUGAUAAUUUACAAAAAUGCUAAUUGGAUUAAGAAGACAGAAAGAAAGAUUCAUUACAAUUUAAAUAAGCCUGACAAGGAGAAUUUGCCAAAUAUAAGCAAUCCUUAUUUAACUCAUACAAAAGGUACACCUAAAAAACAUAUCAAAAGUGCAUUUGAAAACUCCAUUUCUAAAUAUCAAAGUAAAGGUAAAACUUAUACUGCUACUAAAAAUUU